AUGUCGAGCAAUCGCUUUAACGAGUUGGGUAACUCGGGCAAAUUCGCGCCCGCCCCUCCUACCUCAGAUGCGAACCAGUCCCAGGCUCCUGAAUCGUCGAAUAACUCCAACGUAUCCAAGCCAGCUAAGAAGAGGAAGGGACAUCGCGGCGGUAGGAAGAAGAGAACGCGCAGAAAGAGUUUUGCGGCGAUGGACGAUGAUGAUGACCAUGAUGAGACUCGUCAAGCCACAGGAGAGGGUUUCUUUAAUCUUCCCCGCGCAAACCUAAGCAAUACCAGUAUCGACAGUGAAGCAUUGUUAGAUCAUCGAGAUCAUCAGCCCUUGCGCCCCAGACGAACAUCUACUGCACCACCUCCUGGUGGUAUGUCAGUGUCGUCGCCCUUUGCAAGUUCUGCUGGCAACCGUCUGCGAUCGAUACCAGCAGUCUCUGCCGAGGAAGAGCACCAGGACCAUACACAAUGGGAGGAAAAUGCUCCUUUGCUCGGCGAAUCUAUAAUUUCUGGCUACGGUGCAAGUGAUGCAAGAUCGAACCGGACGAGAAGCCGUCGCCCAUCGAAUAAAUCAUCAACAACGCGCCUAGGAACCUCAUCCGGCGCAAACUACGAUGUCAACGCCCCUCCCUCGAUGCCUGGCUCGCCUACAUUUGGCACCGCUGAUCGCAUAGAGCUCAGCUUGGGCGAUGUUAUGAUACGGGACGGGCUUGGUGAUCGUGAUGACUCUCCCCACCGUUUGGUGGGCGAGAUCGACUGCCUCUCCGAUAUGGACAACAUGCGGGAUGGUCGCCCUGAUAGGGGCCGUAGGAUGGCAACAGAGGCUGAGCAGGAUGUGUGCUUCCCUGUCCCUGGCAUGUCGGAGAUGGGUGACGACGAUGCGCAGUCGCAGGCUCAUGAACACCGCCAAUAUCGAACGCGUCGCCGUCGUGGUCAAUGGCCUGACCUGUCCGUUCUAGAGGAGUGGAGCUCCAUGGAGAAGGAGGACCGAACAGAAGAGCGUCGGGUAAAGCGUAUCACCGAGCCGCAGCUCAUCAAUGGGCGUCUGCGACCACUGCGUAAAGGACAAUUUUAUGAGGCGGUCGAAGAGUCACCUUAUCGAUUCACAUACUUCAACGAGGAGUUCCAGAGCACAGUUCACAGUCAGACUAUUUCUGAGCUGGUUCAACCUGGGGGUGGAUUCCGUGAACUUUUUGUUCCAGAUCCUCGAGUGCUCUCAGAUGACGAAUCUGACGAUGAGGAGGUUGAACCUAUUCUACCGACGAAGCUCCAUAACCUUAGCACGGAAGGCAACUCAAAGGUUCAUACACGUCAACCAUCUCUAUCGACUGUCCAUGAUAGUCACGAACAACGCGAGGGAACUAUAUCGCCCCUCAAAGAUCCUUUGGCGCAUGUAGUCUCGAGAAGUGAGUCUGGCAAUGCUACGCCCACCGGUCGGAGAUCCGCAGAUGAAACUGCACAUGCCUCUCAAAACGCCGAAGGUGGCUCAAAUGAAAAGAUGAUCAGAUACGGCGAGCGACCAGUCUGGUGGCUCGACGUCCUCUGUCCAACCGAGGCUGAGAUGAAGGUCAUAUCCAAAACCUUUGGCAUUCACCCGCUCACUGCGGAGGAUAUCAUGCUCCAGGAAGCUCGCGAGAAAGUUGAGCUCUUCCGUCAUUAUUACUUUGUCAACUACCGGUCGUUCGAUCAGGACGAAAACACGAAUAACUUUCUUGAGCCUGUAGAUAUGUACGUUGUGGUCUUCCGUGAAGGAGUUAUCAGUUUCCAUUUCUCGAGGACACCACAUCCUGCCAACGUCCGUCGCAGAAUCCGGCAACUGAAAGACUACCUGAUCCUUUCCUCAGAUUGGAUUUCAUACGCUAUUAUUGACGACAUUACCGACGUCUUUGCCCCUUUGAUCGAGAAGAUCGAAACAGAAGUUGACGACAUUGAUGAUGCUAUCUUGAGGUUGCACUCGUCUGCUGAUAAGAGACUUAACGAGGAGUCUUCCAAAAACGACGAUGCUAUGGCAGCCUCGGAUUCAAGUGUAGAUAUGCUUCAACAGGUGGGAGAGUGCAGAAAGAAGGUGAUGAAGCUAUACAGACUAUUGGGUAACAAGGCAGAUGUUAUCAAGGGAUUUGCCAAGCGUUGCAACGAGCGAUGGGAUGUUGCGCCACGUUCCGAAAUUGGCCUAUAUCUCGGCGAUAUCCAGGAUCACAUUGUCACCAUGACUGCCAAUCUUGGUCAUUAUGAGAAGAUACUUGCCCGCUCCCAUGGCAACUACCUCGCCCAGAUCAAUAUACGCAUGAACGAGCGUCAAGAGCAGACAGCCGAUGUUCUUGGCAAACUCACUGUUCUUGGAACAAUCGUUCUACCCAUGAACAUCAUCACUGGUCUGUGGGGUAUGAACGUGUGGGUACCAGGCCAAGAGUAUGAAGGAGAUCUCCAGUGGUUCUUCUGGAUCACUGCCGGUCUACUGUUCUUUGGUUUUGCAUGCUUUAUGAUCGCCAAGAGGGUAUACAACAUUGUUUAA